AUCUGGACCAACUCACGGAAAUAAUGAAAAUAACAGGUACACCAACUCAAGAUUUUGUUCAAAAACUGCAGAGUCAAGAUGCAAAAAACUAUAUCAAAAGCCUUCCAAAAGUCCAGAAAAAAGAUUUUGCAUCCAUCUUGAAGUAUGCGAAUCCUUUGGCUGUAAACCUUUUGGAGAAGAUGCUGGUGCUGGAUGCAGAGAAGCGAGUCACAGCAGCUGAGGCUUUGAUGCAUCCUUACUUUGAACCAAUUCACGAUCCUGAGGAAGAAAUUGAAGCUGAGAAAUACGACGACACGUUUGAUAACAUGGAUCUUCCGCUAGAUGAGUGGAAGCGCAUUACAUAUAAAGAGAUACUGAACUUCAAGCCACCACAGACAUCAGAGUCAAAGGAGACAGCGGUGUAAUUAUAUGACUCGGUCUUUUCAGAACUCAGAACAGAGCAGGAAAGUUGUAAAUGUUUGUGAUACUUCAGGUGUAUAAAACUUUUAUAAAUAAACUGGAUGUAGUCU